GGAGGAGAGAUGGAAAGCAGGAGGAAGAGGAGAGGGCGAGGGCUGGCUGCAGUCUCUUUGCCUCGUGACGGCGUCUGCAGCGUGAGUUUGUUUACAUCCAUCGGCAGCAGACGUCCUCGGAUCUUCUGCUGCCCUGUCUGGAAGAUCAUCCUCACUGAACCUGGAUCAGCUCACUUCCUCUUCUCCUUCAUCCCAUCAGUAGACUAGAGGACGAACUGCUUUCUGGAGCAGCCGUGGAUCAACGCAGAAAGAGGGGCACCUCACAUGGGAGUGCGUGACCGUGUGUGUGAGGGUGUGUGUUCAGGCCUCCUGCCGUCGCCCGCUCUUCCCGGACAGGCAUGGCGGGGGUCCGAGAGCGCGGCUCCCGGAUACAGAGGCCGUGGUCUGUGUACCGGGCCAGCACGUUCGAGUUGUCCAGCGAGAUGAUCGGCUUGGCUCUCGCAGGAAACAGUCAGGACCCAGAUGAGCCUGUGCUUGAGUUCAGCGUCUCCUGCACAGACCUGCUGACUCCUGCUUUGGACCGAAAACCCAACAGCUUUGUAGCAGUGAGCUGCACGACACCACCGCAGGCCUUCUGGACCAAACACGCCCAGACGGAAGUCAUAGAGGGCACCAGUAACCCCAUCUUCCUCAGCAGCAUUGCCUUCUUCCAGGAGUCCAACAUCAACCAGCAGACGCAGGUGAAGCUGGCUGUCUAUGACGUCAAGGAUCGCUCGCAGGGCACGAUGUACAUGUUGGGCUCAGCACUUUUUCCUGUUAAGGAGUUGUUGCAAGAGAGGAGCCACAGAUUACAGCUCGAACUGAGAUCAGCAGAGAACGAGCGGGUGGGGAACAUCAUCAUCGCUGCGUGGCAGAUGGAGGAGAGAGCAGAUCAGAGGAUGUCGGUCGGCCGCUUGCCAGACAGCAUCAGCGGGCGGACGGUGCUGCCGGUUGACGAGAGCCUCACAGAGUCGAUGGGAGUCCGGAUCAAGUACGCCUCGCUAUGCAAAGACACGCUGCUGCGCUCAGUGUUUGGAGGCACGAUGUCCAGGAUGUACCGCUUCCCCACGACUGACGGGAACCACCUCCGAGUGCUGGAGCAAAUGGCUGAGAGCGUCCUCUCAUUAAACAUCCCCAGACAGUUUGUCAAGCUGCUGCUGGAGGAGGACGCGGCCAGGGUGUGUGAGCUGGAGGAGCUGGGAGAGUUAUCGCCCUGCUGGGAGAAUCUGCGGCGACAGAUUGUCUCUCAGUACCAGACCAUAAUACUCACAUACCAGGAAACACUGUCCGACCUCAACGACUACAGAGGUCCAUCGUUCAAAGCCAGCAACCUGAAGGCAGAGAGGAAGCUUGAGUUCAUGCCAACCAACCUACACGUUCAGAGGAUGAGGGUGCAGGAUGAGCUGGGCUUUGAACACACCUACGAUGUGAUAACAAUCGGAGCUCCGGCGGCUCACUGCCAGGGCUUUAAAAACAGCGGUUUGCGGAAACUGAUCCAGAAGUUUGAGGAGGCGAAGAAACACGUAUAUGAGGAGGAAUGCAGCGCCCUCUCCAGCUCGCAGUCCAUCGUCUACAUACCCCAGGACAUCGUCCGAGCCAAAGAGAUCAUCGCCCACAUCAACACGCUGAAGACUCAGGUCAGCUACUACGCUGAGAGGCUUUCCCGAGCCGCCAAGGACCGAUCUGCUAGCGGACUGGAGAGGACGCUCGCUAUCCUGGCUGAUAAGACUCGUCAGUUGGUGACGGUAUGCGACUGUAAGCUGCUGGCUUCAGCCAUCCAGGCCCUGAACGCAGCACGGCCUGAGUACAUCGCCUCCAAAGCGUCUCCCUCCGCCGAGUCAGAACAAGUAGUCCUACGGAAUGACCAGGACACGUUGCUCGCCAAGUGGAGCGGUUGCAACAGCCGAUCAUCGCUGCACGUAGACUGGCAUGAAGAGGAGUGGGAGAAGGUUUGGGUGAAUGUGGAUAAAUCUCUGGAGUGCAUCAUACAGCGUGUCGACAAGCUGCUUCAGAAGGAGAGGAGGCCCAGCCUCAGCAGUCAGGACGGGACCCUGACUGACCUCCUGGGCGGUGCCAGUAAGAAAGAUGAAGGAAAAAGAGCUUUCUGGAUCAACCCAGGGAGUUCAUCACAGGAAUCACCAUCAUUACCAUCCUCUUCAUCACCUCCACGAUCAUCCUCACCACCACCAUCCUCUUCCUCCAUGCCCGCCCUCUCCUCUGCACAAGAAUCCUAUGGAAGCCCCAGUGCUGAGGAGGCGUACCCAGGCGAGUGGAGCGAGGCGUUAUACCCUCUCCUCACCACGCUCACUGAGUGCGUCGCCAUGAUGAGCGAUAAGGCCAAAAAGUCCAUGGUGUUCCUGCUGAUGCAGGACAGCGCCCCGACGAUAGCCAUGGACCUGUCGCUGCAGUACCGCCGCGACGUUGUCUUCUGCCAGACACUCACUGCUCUCAUCUGCGGCUUCAUUAUCAAACUGAGGAACUGUCUCCGUGACAACGGAUUCCUCCGACAGCUCUACACCAUCGGCCUGCUGGCUCAGUUUGAGUCCCUGCUCAGCACCUACGGAGAGGAGCUGGCCAUGUUGGAGGACAUGAGUGUCGGCAUCAUGGAUCUCCGUAACGUCACCUUUAAGGUGACCCAGGCCACCGGCAGCUCCGCCCCCGAUAUGUUGCCGAUCAUCACAGGUAACCGUGACGGCUUCAACGUCCGCAUCCCGCUGCCGGGAACCAUGUUCGACGCGUUGCCGCGGGAGAUCCAGAGCGGCAUGCUGCUGAGGGUCCAGCCGGUGCACUUCAACGUCGGCAUCAACGAGCAGCAGACGCUGGCUGAGAAGUUUGGAGACACAUCCCUGCAGGAGAUCAUUAACUUGGAGAGUCUUUCCAGGCUGAAUUCAUACUACGAACAGUUCAAAGAAGUCCUGCCUGAAGACUGCCUCCCGAGGUCUCGUUCUCAGACUUGUCUCCCUGAGCUGCUGAGGUUUCUGGGGCAGAACGUCCACGCCAGGAAAAACAAGAACGUGGACAUCCUCUGGCAGGCAGCUGAGAUCUGCCGCCGGCUGAACGGGGUUCGUUUCACCAGCUGCAAAAGCGCCAAAGACCGCACGGCCAUGUCGGUGACCCUGGAGCAGUGCCUGAUCCUGCAGCACGAGCACGGCAUGGCGCCGCAGGUCUUCACGCAGGCCCUCGACUGUAUGCGCAGAAUUGGGACGAGGGAGGGGGUGAUCCAGAAGAACCUGAGCGGCUUGCUGCCGGUGCGCGACUUCCGGCUGGACCCCAGCCUCCUGUACUCGCUGCCGCUGCUGGCCUUCAGCCCCAACCUCCUGGUGGUGUGGAUCUUCCUCAGCGUGGCUUAUUUCCUGGCCAAACUCCGCUGCAGCUGAAAAGCAGCGAGCUGCUCCCUCUGUUCGGAGUGACUGUGGAGGGGUGGGAAUAAUCCACACUGACUCCCGAGGGUGUUUCUGAAACUGUGCCACUGUCCUGUGAGUCUGUGUGUAAAUCAUGCACACUGAUGCUGUACAGCAUGUACACACUGUCCUACCCUGACUAAGGGCUUUACACAACCGACCCCCCCACUUAUCAACGGCAAAACCCCGCCUCUUGUUUUUGUUUUGUUUAUGGACACCUGUUUGUUGUUCUUCCUUUUUUUCAAGCUUCCAAAACACGUGGUGGGCAAGCCUGGAAAAAUAUCAGCACAGAUGUUAAGGUUUACUUUUUGAGGCUCCACAUGAAGUUUAGACCGCACUCGAUGUCCACACUAAGCCUGCUACACCUGAAAACAGAUGUACAUGUGUGAUCCACGCUAAUGUUUUCAGAACGAUCUCUAGCCACACCGAAAUCAGUGUUUCCCAAACUUCUCCAGGAGGGCGUUGAUCCUAUGUUCUCCAGGUCCACUGUGGAGGUAUCACUGACUGCUGUAACAUGCACAAAAUAUUCCAGUUCCUGCCAUUAUUCUGGAAAAGACUGUAACCUACUAAGCUGUUUACAUGGCGAACGGAAAAUUUCCAAGAUGAAUAUCCGAUGAUCAAAGUAGUCGGCAUUGAUAU